CCGCUGGAGGUGGAGUAGGCGCUGCAGUUCUUGGAUCCGCUAAAAUGGCCGCCAAGAAGUCAGGGACUCGGCUGGAGAUUGAAAUCGAGCGCUGCCGGAAUGAGUGUCUCUGGGAGAAGAUCCCUGAGCUCAUUAAACAGUUGUCGGCGAAACUUAUUGGCAACGAUGACCUGGCAGAGCUACUACUUGGAGAGUCAAAGCUGGAGCUGUACCUGAAGGAGAAUCCAAUCAAACAAGGGGUCACUCCUCCAGACGCCAAGCCAAAGCUAAUCGAGGUGAAGAAGCACUUGAUAGCUGCACUUGACAGAGGCAACUUAAAGCAAGACUUUGCACAGGAAACCAACUUGAUUUUGGCCAAGUGUUACUACGUGGAGGGUGACCAUACCCGAGCUCUCACUCUGUAUUCCAAGGUAGACCUGGACAAGCUACAGUUGGUGGCAGUGCCCGUUUACAGGCUCAGAAUCAUCGCUGAAUCUUAUGCUACAAAAGGUCUGUGUCUGGAGAAGCUAGUAACAGCAGCAUCGCCAAGAAAUGAUCUGCAGCCUGAUACUGAACAAGAAAUAAUUACAUGUUAUGAGAAAGCCGGUGAUAUAGCUCUGCUUUACUUACAAGAAACUGAAAGGGUAUUGAACACUAAUAUCCAGAACAGGAGUCCAAAGCCUGGAUCAGCAUUCCAAGAACAAGAAUUGGGAUUCUUCCUUGAAACAGGACUUCAGAGAGCUCAUGUCAUUUAUUUCAAAAAUGGAAACUUGACAAGAGGAGUUACUCGGUUUCGAGAAAUCUUGAGAGCUGUGGAAACAAGGACCACACAGAAUUUGCGUAUGACAAUUGCCAGGCAACUAGCAGAAAUACUCUUACGAGGAAUGUGUGAACAGAGCUACUGGAAUCCAUUGGAAGAUCCUCCACAGCAUUCACUGUUGGAUGACCUUCUACAUGCAGGCUCCAAUACCAAGAACUAUGCACUCAGCAGGAGGCCAAAAGUGUACACUGGAGAUAGCAUUUUCUGUCCUCAAGAAAACACAGAAGAAGCUCUUUUGCUGCUGCUCAUUAGUGAAUCUAUGGCUAACAGGGAUGCAGUGCUGAGCCGGAUCCCAGAACAUAACAACGAUCGCAUUAUCAGUUUACAGAGCGCCUCCAUUGUCUAUGAUCUUCUAACAAUAGCGCUGGGAAGACGUGGUCAAUACGAAAUGCUGUCAGAGUGCUUGGAACGAGCAAUGAAGUUUACAUUUGAAGAGUUUCAUCUUUGGUACCAGUUUGCAUUGUCCCUCAUGGCUGCUGGCAAGUCUGCCCGGGCAGUGAGGGUACUGAGAGAAUGUAUAAGGCUGAAACCAGAUGAUCCCACAAUUCCACUUCUCGCUACCAAAUUGUGCAUCGGAUCUCUUCAUUGGUUGGGAGAGGGUGAGCAGUUUGCUAAGAUGGUGACCGAGAUGAGUGAAAAAGAACCUGAGUUUCGAGCUAAAGGCUUCUUAGCUCUCGGCUUGACCUACAGUCUCCAGGCCACAGAUGCAACAUUGAGAGGAGUGCAAGAGGACCUCCAGAAAAAAGCACUUCGAGCAUUUCAGAGAGCUCAUGGGUUAUGUCCCACCGAUCACCAAGCUGCUUUCUACCUGGCUCUUCAGCUUGCCAUAUCAAGGCAGAUCCCAGAAGCACUGGGUUACGUCCGACAAGCUUUGCAGCUGCAGGGAGACGACGUGAACUCUCUGCACCUACUGGCAUUGCUGCUUUCAGCCCAGAAGCACUAUCACGAUGCUGUAAACAUUAUCGACAUGGCGCUGAGUGAAUAUCCUGAACACUUCAUAUUGCUGUUCACUAAAGUAAAACUGGAAUCAGUGUGCAGGGGGCCUGAUGAAGCUUUACUCACUUGCAAGCACAUGCUUCAGAUCUGGAAGUCAUGCUACAAACUCACAAACCCCAGUGAUUCAGGGAGAGGGAGCAGCCUGCUGGAUAGAGUCAUAGCUGACAGGCGGAACCUUAACACCAUCUCCCUGCCUGAUUUCAGUGAUCCCGAGACAGGUUCAGUGCACGCCACAUCAAUCGCAGCCUCGAGAGUGGAGCAGGCACUGUCAGAGGUGGCCUCAUCCUUGCAGAGCAGUAUGCCGAAGCAGGGGCCGAUGCACCCCUGGAUGACCCUGGCCCAGAUCUGGCUGCAUGCAGCUGAAGUAUACAUUGGAAUGGGAAAACCUACUGAGGCCACAGCAUGCAUCCAGGAGGCAGCUAACCUUUUCCCCACAUCACACAAUGUGUUGUUCAUGCGUGGCCAAGUUGCAGAGCUCCGAGGGAAUAUUGAUGAAGCCAAGCGCUGGUAUGAAGAGGCUCUGUCUAUCAGUCCCACUCACGUCAAGACAAUGCAAAGACUGGGGCUGAUCCUUCAGCAGCUGGGCCGGUACAGUCUGGCCGAGAAGAUCCUCCGCGAUGCUGUGCAGGUCAACUCCACUGCCCACGAAGUAUGGAACAAUCUGGGGGAGGUGCUGCAGGCCCAGGGUGAUGAUGACGCUGCAACUGAAUGUUUCCUCACUGCUCUGGAGCUGGAAGCCAGCAGUCCCAUCAUCCCCUUCACCAUCAUCCCCAGGAUACUCUAAGCCGAAGUGUUUGCUCCCAGUGGAGUGUCUAUCGCUUUCCUGCAGAACUUAUGGAACUUGCCUAAUGGGAGAGGAAAGCCAUGCACUAUCCCUUCCCAGUCCCCUCAGCUUUAUUCUGUUAUUUUGCAGGUGUGUUUUACUGUGGAUUAAAGCAUUCCUUGGGUGAACUUAUUUAAUUUUUACCCUCUGGCCCCCACCAAUCCUCACCCUUUUUAUUUCUUCUAGAUUUCACCUAUUGCCCUCUGCAAUGUUUACAGUUCCACAGACAGCCCCUGGUAUUUCACCUGUUCUUCACACAUCAGACUGCUGGAAGGCCGCUUGGCCGUGAAACAGGCUGGGGGAAUGACUGCACCCGGGUCUGGCCCUAUUUUUGUUCGGUGAUUGUCCCUGUGCACUUUCCAGUGUUGAGUCACAGGCUUAUUUUUCGUCUCCCCAAAUCCAGGAGAUUGCAGGCCAGCCUGAGACCUUCCCCACUUGUAUGCCUGAGCAUCAACCAGCCUGUAUAUUAACUGAGCUUUAUUUUAUGAUCUACAUCUCCCUUUUCCCAAUCUCCCAACCCAGCUCUGUUGGCAUGAUGACCUCCACUACCUCUCUCUUUCCUCUAAAUGCACAGCAACAGCUCAAAGUUUGCCCCCUAAAUUUGGCACUGAACCUAUCCAGGGGGUGGUUAAGGCAAGAAAGCCUGGUGCUGCAGGAGGUAUUCUCUGCUGAGAACCAGCUAUCUAACCAGGUGAGGAAUGUGUUGAAAAUGAACAUGGUUGAGGCAAGAUAGAAGGAGUUUUAUCCUGCAUCUGAUCCAAGAGUGUCCGUGCUUCCAGCUCCAGUGAGCCACAUUGUUGUGAAGCUUGGAGCCUGAAGUGACUGCAUGUAAAGUUUAGACCCCUGUACCUGUUCACUUCUGUAUAUCUCAAUUCGAACAAAUCUUGGUGUUGCGAUUUAGGAUUGACCCACAAAUGAGACAUCAGUGCCAUGGACAACCCUUCCCAAAUCUCCAGGCCAUAAAAUUCAAACAGGAUAAAUCAGUGAAUGAAAACUAUAAUGGCAAAUAGAUUUGAAACAGCUGGGUUCAAACACCAUACUCCAACCUGUGCUGUACCCAAACUGGGAUUGCAGGAUGUUUAGACUAGGAUUGGGGAGAAGAAAGCAUCAGUUUCCUAGCAUCUACCUCUCUUAGCCAAUCAGUGAGAAAACGCUGUGUAAAAUUAUAGCUGCUGCAUUUAGAUAAUCUGCAUCCCUCCCUCUCCUUGAUGCCUCUUAUUGAGGUUUCUUCUGUGCUGUAAGAUUCACCCUAAUUCACACCUUUAACCCAGUUGUUACAAAUUUAGCUUCUCUUUCAAGAUUUAUGACGCAUGCCACAAGACAAAAUGGAUUUUAGAAAGUGGUCAAAAUCUAUAUGGAUCAUAUAUAUUUAUGUAAGACACUAUAAGCAUGUUAUAUUUAUAUAUUGAGACUUUAGUCAGUAAGAGAUGACUAGUAAACUGGUAUAACUCCAAAUCACUGAGCUUUAAACGUAGGACUAUGUGCCCCAUAUUGGACUAGAUUCCUGGCUGGUGUAUUUGAAUACUGUCCUUUUCAUUUUGAACUCUAACUGCAUUCAAAUUAUGGGACCAUAUAAUGAAAAGGGUUAACUAAUGAUUGAUGGGACACUUAAAUGGUGAUCUUUAAAGGAAAAAAAUCCUAAACAGAUUAAUUAUCCAGUUAUUUCCAGUGCUAUGUAACUGCCCUGUUAAAUAGAUAAAGCCCUAUUUAUAUUGAGCUAAAGAAGUCAAAAGCUCUUCUUUGUUUGACAAAAAAAGUGCCCAAUGGUUGCCAGUGAGCAGUAGAUUGAGUCUGAAACCCACAAAGCACUGUUAGAGGGUCAGUCAUUGCCAGUAAUCACACUGUAAAUUCUCUUUACCUGGGUGGUUUCUGUUGAAUAGGGCCAUGCAGUGCAAGGGUGCACAUUUAAAACCCAUUCCCAGCUCAGCUAAAAUUGGAAGCAGCCUUCCUGAUCCAGCCUACCUUAACCGUCGAGCAGAAUUGCUAGAGGUCAUCACCCAGAAACCAGGGGACUUGUCCCUGAGAUCACUGAAGAACAUUGGCAAUCAGGCUUGGGACCUUCCUGGCCUUUAUGGUUCAGUGUUACACUGGUGAUGCAUUUAGUCACUGAAGCUACUGUGUACAAUAGAAAGUUGUGUAUGUCAGUGUUUCUGAGUGGGCAGCCACAAUCUUGGGGACCUCCAAAAUACUGACGCUCACAGUGAACCCCAACAAACACUGCAGCAUAAUCCCACUGACCACCCCAACAAACAACCUGAUACACUCCCCAUGAUUCCCCUUCCUAUUCCAACAUUGUGAUAUACUUACUCCCAGUGACCCCCAACAAAUGUUGAUACACAAUCUUAUGGGGGCACCAGCAACUGCGGACACAUUCCUGAGCCCUGCCCCCAAAGUAGAUGCAUACCCCCAAGAUCACCCAGUAAAUACUGAGCCAUUGCCAGAAAUCCCUGGUAAACACCAAGUAUAUUAUCUCUGAACCUUCCUGUACAGGCAGAGGAGAUGAUUACUACAUUCGGGAAGAAAAUAAACAUUAUCAAUGAUAAUUCUAUAAAACUGAUAAAAAACAAAUGUUCUUUUAUUUCCUCACCAUUGGAAUGCAUUAUUUCCUUACCUUACCCUUUCCCCUGUAUCCACUAUCCCCUCCUCCCUGUAUCCACUAUCCCCUCCCCCCUGUACCCACCAUCUCCUUCCCUGGUAUCCUCGUCAUCUCUCAGUUAUAUCUAUGAACCCCUUGGCAGAAUUCUGCUCCAUGUCCCUGACCCUUGGAUUGUGCUACACCGUCUUGAGCUAGUGUUCAGGGAAAAUUAUAUUUUAGAAUGGCAUUCCAAAACCGAACCGUAUACAAGCUUUUAAGAUGAAACAUUGGAAUAACGGCAGCUCUGGAAGGCUGACCCUGGAAUAAGUCACUGUUCAGGUCUGUGGCCUUCAUCUCAUAUCACAGUAUGGAGUUAAGAUACCUGCCCAUGGAGGCACCUUUACAUACUAGAGGACUGUGUCUCAGUCCAUUAAAAACCAACAUUAGAAACAAGUUUUGAAGUUACGCACGCUCCUGUUGAAUUUUCACAUUCCCCGUGAAUGUAAGUGUUAGUUAUUUGAUUGGUUUACUGACCAAGCAUCUGAAAACCACUCUGGCACAGAGGGUAAGAUGAUUGAACUUCAUAAAGUAUCAAACUGAUGAGGCCAUCGGUUAGCACUGAAGUGUGCUGUAGAAUGUGUAAGAAGGUUGAUUAGUAUUUAAGCAGAAUAUCCAGAGAAUCCUUUCAGAAACUUAACCUGGUGCAAUGAGAUUUAUCUUUAGAACUGAGCCCUUUGCGCCAUCACUGGAUAUAGCUGCACAGUCCAAAUAGGGGUAAAUGAAAGAAAACAUUGUUGCAGGCAAAGUUCUUCACAUAUUGAGGACUGUGUAGUGUUUUAAGUUGGCACAUUAAUAAAUACUGAUAUCUCUCUGGGAUUGUAAAACAUUGCACUAUCCUGUGGAACGUUUUCUUGUGGUGGUACCAAGGUCACAUUGUAUUACUCCUUUUGUCUCCAGGGUCUGACAGCAGAUUUGGUCAUAGAGUGAACCUGAUGUUUGAACUUUGGUUUGAGCUUUCCCCUCCCCUCAGUAAAAACAGUGUACAGGAGGGAUCCCAACCGCACAUUGCUUCGAUCCCUGGUCUGUGCUAGCAGGGUUAGAAGGAAAGGGAAUGUUGGGGCAAUUACAAUUGGCCUCAGUGCCUCCACCAAAGCCUCUCCCACACAUUACCAACUGCUGCUGGAAAAUACAUGCGGCUGGAUGUUGGGUCAGGAUCAAGUUGGGAUCAGGAUCAAGUUGGGUUCAGGUGUGAUGCCUCACUUGGUGCAAUAGCCAGCUGUUUAUGUAGGCUGAUGCACAAGGAAUGGCCACUUGGGCAGAGGCUAUCAGAGGGCCUUGAGUGGCCCCUACCCUGAGGAAGUAUCAACACCUUAAGAUGCGGCAGGAUGAAAGAGCAUUAAUCACUGAACUCUGAGUCUGAUUCAGUCUGGAACAAAAAAUACAACUGGAUCCUUUUUCUAAAAGAAAAAGGCACAUUAAAAAUUAAAACUAUGUAAAAAUUUCUGUUGUGCUGUUUCUAAUUAGGGGAACUGCCAAAUGUGUGUUCUGUAUUAAUCUCAAAUUGACUUUAACUGUGCGCUGUGUACAUCGAGUGUUGCUGUACUCUUAGCUGCAGGUUUCAUGUAUAAUAUAUAUAAUAUAUAUAAUAUAUAUAUAUAUAUAUAUAGUGUAUUGAGCUCAAGUUGGCAGCUGUCAAUUCAUCAUCAAUGCAACAGAUGUAAUAAAACAAAGUUAAUUAAUUGUGAUU